CUUUUAAGUGAUUUUUUACUGAGAACUCUGUCAAAGCUGGAGGAAUGUGAAGUCAUACAUGAACAUGGUGUUAUUCUAUUUCAGUCGUAUUUUCAUCAAAUUAUUGGCUUUCAGCGUGAACAUGAACUCUACUCAUCACGUACAAUAAAAAGGUAUAUAUAAGAUUGGAACUUCCUUUUCACGCAAGUUGACCACGAUGUCUUGCGAAAUCAUAUGACAGUGCCAAAAAAACCAGUCGAAUGCUUAUUAUUGAUAUGAAUGUCCUAUAAAGAUUGGGAUGUGUAACAGAUGUUUUUCUCGGAAACUACGAAAGAAUGCAAUUGUCGUGUCGAGUCGUAUGAAUGUCCGUUUUGUCCGGGAACUAUUUUCCACUGUGCUCGUGACCUUAUUGAACAUUUAGAAAAAGGACUGCACGUCAAGGACACAUCUAAUGCUGUUCUAUCUUGCGCUAAAUGUCAAGUCACUUAUUUACGUCUUCAUGAGUAUAUAAACCACCUCAAGCGCAAACGCAUUCACAGAUACGACCUUCAUCAGGCGGCGUGCUGCGGCCGAUUUCAGGAUGUUAGCAAGAUGGUUAAUAGCUAUGACGCUGAUGCAACUGGUAUAUCUCAUAAAAUCAAACGAAAUGAACGGUUUCUUAAUCAUCUUGGCAAGACACCUAUGCAUUGUGCUACGUUUAUGGGUUAUACCAGAUGUCUGAGGGUCAUGCUUUCCUGGCCUAAUGCCGAGCGAUUUCCGAACGUCUGUGAUGAUCUUAAUCAGACCCCUGUCCACAUUGCAGCUAGGUUUGGUCGAGCAAACUGCCUGCGACUGUUGCUCGACAAAGGUGGUGACCUGAACAUGAAGGACACAAAUGGAAUGACGCCUAUAAAAUUAGCCAUGAAAGAUUCAGAGUGCAUGAAUGUCAUCCUCGAGCAUCAGUUAUCGAUUGCUCUUAGCAGACAUCGAAUGAAAUUGGCAAGAGGAAGAAAACGUUUAAGUUUUGGCGAAGAACCGAUGGCUACUGUCGAUCACUCUGUUGAAAAAAGGAUCGAAAUCGAUUGUGCUGAUGACAACAGCCAAUGCAAGAAGAUCUUUUUACGUGACCUGCUGUUGUCCGUACUUGCCGAGAACUGCGUUGAAGAGAGAGCCGAACAAACUGGUAACAAAAACAUAAUUGAACUGAGUGACGAUCAACAUGAACAUCUACCAGAUAGUCAAACAGUAGAUGAACUGUGUGCUCAUGGUGAAACACGACGAGAGGAUGUAGGUGAUUUCCAUGAAGCCAAAAACAUUGUUUCUGGAACGCAAAGCACAACUAUUAGUCAAAAAGGAACUGGAAUCUUGCACGAGUCAAGCAGUGUCAUCUGUUGGCGCGAUACUAACCAAAAUGCCGUUGUUGAGAAUGCCAUUGUUGAGCGUCCAGUAGUUGGAAAUUAUUCUAUAGGAACUGAAAUAUUGCCCAAGUCAAGCAGUGUCAUCAGUAGGCGCGAUGCUAACUUGGAAAAUGCCAUUGUUGAGCGUCGAGGAGUUGGAAAUUAUUCUGUUGUGCCCUCGAAGAUGUUGCCUUAUGAAAUUUUGGCCAGGGGGGAGGAGGGCGUCAAAGCGUUUAAAACAGCUGUUGCCGAAGGGAAAGCUCAGGCGUCUCGUUUGAAGAUCAUUGUCGUUGGCAGCGUGAAGGCCGGAAAGACUAGCCUCAUACGCUCUCUUUGCGGAGAACCCUUUACAGGAACACGCGUGAAAACGCGUGGCAUCCAAAUGGCGUCAUCUGUCGAGCCAAUUGUGACAAGCACAAAACUGGACGAGACGUGGAUGCAUGCAGACCCGUGUUCGUCGCAUUACGAUGAAUUACUGGCGAGAGAUAUUUGCUCGAGGUUGAAGGAGAAACACUCCAAAGGAAAUGUCCUCGGCUUGACAAAUUUGUCCUCCGACCAUCGAGAACUGAAAGUGGUGGUCGACGAAGUCGUUGGAGAUCUUCCAGGCUUUCAGUCUCCAGAAGGCGUAUCUCCAGAUGACAAGGAUGUGUUUGUUGCUGACUAUUCCAUCGAGGUGAAAGAUAGUCCACGUCGUUAUCCUGCCACUUUGGUUGCGAGGCAGUUAUCACUCAAAUCCCAGGAGAAGACGAGUAUCAAGAAAGUUAUUUGGGAUUUUGCCGGACAUGAUUUAUACGAGCCGAUGCAUCAUAUUUUCAUGAACAACACAAGUCUGUACCUUGUCGUAUUUAAUUUGGCGAAGAUGCGCAAAUCGCUGGACAAGGGCCUCGCCGAGAUACAUUAUUGGCUAAACUCCAUCGCCACUCACACAUCGUCAUCGACUCCUGUUAUCUUAGUUGGGACACACAAAGACCAGGUCGAUAUUGAUUUCAUCGAGGAGACUAGAGCGCACUGCGAACGAAAGUUCGAUAAGAUGUUCUGUGAACGGCUCGUACGCAGCAGUCGAAACCACAUCAUGUUUGCCGUGGAAAACCCGAAAGGUUCCGAGGAUGACGGCAUUAUUGAACUGAGGGAAACCAUCGGUCGCGAUGCCAAAAAUUUUCAUUUUGUUAAACAGGAGCUGCCAUUGAAAUGGCUACAAUGCGAAGAGGAAAUCGUGCAACACCAGAACGAGGCAAGUAGCAAGAAAUGUAUGCAUAUCGACGAAGUGAGGAAUUUUCUCGAAGAAAAAUGUAAAACGAGCUUCAAAGAGUCGGAAUUCAAGUCCAUGCUCACGUUUUUUCACGAUGGCGGCCUCAUUCUUUAUCCAGGUGUCAUGUAUGAAGAACAAGAAGAAUCGAUCGCCAAAGAUCUUGUGAUUAUGUCCCCUCAGUAUUUGGUCGACAUAAUGUGUAAUAUUCACGAGGUUCCGGAGGAUAACGAACUGAAACGACGAUUUUCCAACGAGUUUCACAAGUUGAAAAAGGAGGCGCGCGUCGAUCGUGGGCUGCUGGAACAAGUCUGGAAAGACAAGUCAGAGGAUAUGGAAGUCCUCAUAGAGCUUCUCAUUUGUUUUAAGCUGAUUUAUCCUUUUCAUAAAAAUCCCAUCAGUGAUUCUCAACUUCAAGAAUCGUCGGAAGCGAGCGCUUCUGGUAUUCAUUCAUCCAACGAGUUUGUCAUUCCCUGCAUGCUUAAAAAAAAGACCGAAGAAAGUUUCCAAAAUACUUGGUCUAAGGCCUGCGCGGAUUGGACAAAUGCCGAGGAAAAGGAGCAUCGUUUUGUAUUUGAUUUCGGCCGAUUCUUGCCGCCUCCGCUUUUCGACUUUCUACUGUUGCAUGUUUACCAAGAAAGCCAUAGGACCAAAGGAAUGUCGCCUAUCUUGCGGAGACGCGCUGGAAUAUUCUCCUUCUCCAAUCGGUUUCUCUUUUGUCUGAAACUUGUACUGAAAGAUUGUCAAAUUUGGGUCCUCGCCAGAUGCAACAAAGGGGAAAAGUUUCGUCAUCUGGCUAGAACUCUGAAUGAAAAAGUUAGCGACAUUUGUCGACAAUAUUUCAAGUUUUUACGAUUUUCCUGCGGUCCGCCGUGCCCACACGAGGCCUGCCCUGGUGCCGAAUUUAACGAAGAAGAAAUUCAACGUCCGUAUGACGCGAGUUCGUCAGAAGGCGAGAAAGACUCCGACUCUGACGAUGAUGAUGUGAAUGAAUUAUCCAAUUGUGACGCCUGUGCACAAGAUGUGCGUGCGCCCAAGAACCAUGCAGUGUGCCAACCUAAUCUGCGAACCCAUGUUAUAGCCAUGGAUCCUGCGACAUUCGAUCCGCCAUAUUGGUGUAAAGCUAAAGAGGUUACUUCCCUUCUUAUAGACUGGCAGCCAUCGUUUGGUAUCCAGGAUGAAGAUGUCGUAGAUAGUCGGCGCAUAUGGAAAGAUCGGGUUAACGAAUGUUGCAUAAUCUCGAUUGCAAGAGAUUUGGGUGAUGAUUCGAAAAAGUUGGCACGAGAAUUGAAAAUCAGCGAAGCGGAGAUUGAAAAUAUCGUUCACGAUAAUCGUGGUCAAGAGGAACACGGUUUCAAGUUUUUGCACAGGUGGAGGUCGAAGCUAGGAAGUGAUGCUACCAAAUCAUUGUUGAUCGAUGCUCUUAAAGCCAUCUCGAGAAAAGAUCUCGUCGAGAUAUUUCAGAAUCAUCAAUGCACACAACCUGGCGGAGCUUCCACAAAGCCACGAUUUUAAUUCGGCUGCAAGAUCGAAAUAAUCUGAUCCAAUUAUUUCAGUGCAUAAAUUUCUUGUGCGAAUAUAGAAUACACUGCCACAAGGACUGCCAACAACUAUCGGGCUAGAUUAUGAUUCGAAAAAUGGUUCGUGUUCGGGUCUAGCAUGUGGAUAGUUGCAUGGUUUCGUCGCAGGGGAUUUCAUAAUUACUUCCAAUCUCGAGAUCCCUUCACUCAAUUCUAUCGCGGUGAUAUUCGUCAAAUCACUUUUGCAUUAUUGUUGAAGAUAGCUUCAAAAGUAAAAAAAUCAAUUUAUCGGCCAUCGUAAAGAUAAAAACCGAAAGUCAUCAGUCAAAGAUUGCGAGGCAAUAAGACAAAAUGAUAAAGAUAUCUUUCAAUCACACAAAUGGCUUUCUCUUGGUUCGGGUGUAUGCACGACGAGUGACAAUGUGUCAACCAUUGGGUUUAGCGUACGUGUGCAAAUUGUAUGUUCAUAAAAAAAUCUUGUUGUGAACUUUUAGCAAUAGGUAGUGUAUAGAUAAUAAGAUAAUAGAUACUAAGAUUUAGUGUUAAUAAAGGUAGUAAAACGCUUGUUGCUGUUGAAA